UUCUUGUUAAAGAUUCAGCUUAAGUUUAGUUGAGGUUGUUAUAGAAUGUAAUAGACUACUUGUUAUCUUGUUAGCGAUAAACAUAUCUGCUAUUUAGACACGGUUAUUUGUAAUAUUCCAUUUUCUGUUUUUGCAGCAAUCAGUUGCGUAAUUUAAAUGCUGUUUAGGACAUAAUGAACAUCACUUUAAUUUACAUUUUUCUUGUUGGCGGUCUUGUUAGUGUUGGCGGUUGGCAUCUUGUAUGCGAUUGCCACCGGAAUCCGGGAGGUUGUAUGAAGAAUGGAGUCCGUUUAACAGGGCGAUAUACCUCGACUAUGAAAUGUAACGGUUAUAAUGAUUGUGGGGAUUGGAGUGAUGAAAAAGACUGCUUCAGGAAUUGUGGGAAAAAGAACCAAUCUGAUGCAUGUUUUCAACGUGUAUGCGAUUGCCAAAGAGACCAAGGAGUUUGCAUGAAAAACGGGAUUCGUUUAAGGGGGCGUUACAGCGAUUGGAUGAAGUGUGACGGAUUUAACGAUUGUGGGGACUGGAGCGACGAAAAUGACUGUAUUAGUGAAUGUGGCAGAGUAAAUCAUACGCCGUGUGAUUGCCUUAUUAAUGGGACUUGCAAUCGUAAAAACAGAGUCUAUUACUGGGCGUGUUACCGGAGUUCUCGUGCCUGUGAUGGAUGGAACUAUUGCGGGGAUUGGAGCGAUGAAAGAGGGUGUAAUUUCACGUGCGGCAGGGAUGAAUUUCAAUGCGACUGCGACAAAAAUGGACAGCAGUGUCCUACUGACUCAAACUAUAUCUCGCACUGUUAUAAACAAAGCGAUAUAUGCGAUGGUUAUCCUCUUUGUAAUGACUGGUCGGACGAGAAGAAUUGUACAUGCAUGUCUGGGCAGUUAAAAUGCGGAUGCAUACUAAACUCAACGAAUUGUACUUCUAACUUGGGAUGUGUAGAUGUGAAAUAUCUUCUAGAUGGAUACGGUAGAUGCGAAGAUAAAUCCGACGAAGCUUGUAAAAGAAAGUGCGUGAAAUAUGCCAAAACUUUGUCUCAAGGGUAUGAUAAAUACGACACGAAAUGUGGAGAUGUUUUUCAUUGUAGAAAUGAGACAGAACUUCAAUACCUUAAAGCACUUAACCGAUUUGUUAAGCGAGAUCUGAAUUGUAUUCCUGUACAGUCUUACUCUAGUGUGAACCAGACAUAUCUUGACCCAGAGUGGUGGUGUAUAAAAGAUUAUUACGCCAAAGUCGGCUUGCAACAGUGUGAAGAUAAGGGUUUCGUCAUCGCCCCGAAUUUCUGUAACGGGAAAGCAGAUUGCGGCGACGGAAGUGACGAAAUGUAUGGCGUACCAGGGUUUAAAUGCAGAGCAAAGAGCGAAUAUUUCCAGCUGAAGCAAUCGUGUGUUCUUCCGCAAGUUAAUCUCUACAACAACAACUCGUACUGUGAAGAUGGCUCAGAUAAUUGCUUUGUUGAUGGAAAGUUGGAAUGUUUUCGUUGUUUGGAUGGUAAGUUGAUGAUUUCAGGAGGGCAAGUUUGCGAUGGAGUGAUAGAUUGCUACGAUUUAUCCGACGAAUGUUUGUGCGAGAACCAAACCGUGUGCAAUGACGUGUUGGGGAAGUCCCGAGACAUCUGUCAAUCAAACGAGAUCAUUUGCAAUGGCGUUUGCAUGAAAACCAGUGAAGUUGUAUGCAACAACUCCAUACAUUGUAAUGACAGUUUGAACAACAAGUUCUGCAUGAAAUCUAAAAGCGAUCACCUAAAAGGGAGCGGGCAUAUAGUUUGUAGUGUGGACAAAAACAAUCGGAUCUAUAAGAACGCAACCAUGUGUGACGGUAUUCCAGAAUGCUACGAUCGGGAAGACGAGUGUGAAGUAGGAUGCCCGAAUCAAACACACUUCUGUGACGUCGAUAUAAAUUGUCAUAAGCUGAAACUUACACCUGUGUGGCAAAAAAGUGGAGCCAUAUCGCUGUCUGCGAGAGAGUAUUGUGACGGUCGGCCUGCGGUUGAUGAACCAGGAGCAGUUCGUGUUUGUGGGUUCGGGUUUGACGAAGUCAACUGCACUGAACGAUUUUACUGCACGAAUUCGACUAAAGAUGCUGUGAGUAUAAAACAAGAUUUGGUUUGCGAUGGUGUGUAUGAUUGUACUGACGGCUCGGAUGAAUUAGAAUCACUGUGUAAGUAUUCCCGCUUCUACUGCCUCAAUAAGCAACCUCUCUCUGUGGAAAGAAGCCGAGUUGAAAAUGGAAUUAAAGACUGUAGUGAUGGUAGCGACGAAUGCCCGGCAAACAGUAAUAAAACCUCCGUGUUCUCAUCCCCGUUUGAAAUGAUUGCUAACCCAGUGUUCAGAGCAUUUUUCUGGGUCAUGGGAAUUGCAUCUUUGGUUGGGAAUGGUGGAGUCUUUCUUCACACGAUGCUUUCACUAUUAAGAUUAAAUCUCACUCCAAUUAAAGCUUCUCUACAUUGGUUUCUACUUAACCUGUCAAUAUCAGAUUGCUUGAUGGGCGUAUACUUGGUUGCAAUAUCAGCUAAAGGAGUCGAGUACUCGGGUAAAUAUUGCUACCAUGAUGCUGAAUGGCGAAGCAGCAAUCUUUGUUCAGGGUUCGGUUCAUUAACGAUCAUUUCAUCUGAAGUUUCAGCUCUUACUAUGUCGGUGAUGGCCACGUUCAGGUUAAUAUCUAUUUAUAAACCAUUCAAAAUGAAACAUGUCAAAUGGAUAGCAUUUGUCAUGCCGACAGUAGCAGUGUGGAUUGUUGGGAUUAUUCUUGGAAUAUUGCCAUUUCUAACUUCCAAUUCUAGUUACUUUGUUGCUAACGUUUGGUUUCCAAAUUAUUUCUAUUCUAAACAAUUAAUGAGCAAGCAGGAAAUGUAUUUACUGUACAAUAACAUAACCCGUCUGACCGGCGAGACCCCUUCUACGCUUAAGAACUGGGCUGAUGUAAAGCGGAAGAUUGCUGAAACAUUUCAGGAACUUCAGAUAAAAGCGGAGUUUGGAUAUUUUGGGGAAACAAGCGUCUGUAUGCCCAAGUUGUUUUCCCAUGCUGGUUCGGGGGCCUGGGAGUAUUCUACAGCAUUAAUCUUCAUUAACUUUUCCUUAUUCAUCUACAUGGUUGCAUGCUACUUGUUCAUGUAUAAACGAAGUACAAAAAUGAAGUUCGACGCUCAAAGGGGCAGCAAGCUACAAAAAACUAUAUCCCUUCUUAUCCUUACCAACUUUUGUUGUUGGAUUCCAAUCUGUAUCAUGGCUUUUGUGAGCUUGUCUGGCGUCCAACUUGACCGAAUCGUGUACGUCAUCAGCGCUGGAGUGUUGCUUCCUAUAAACAGCGUCAUCAAUCCGAUCAUAUAUUCAGACAUAGUGAUGAUUGUGGUUCGCAAAUUAACAACACUCAAGAAACUAAAAUCGAAUGGAAGUACACCACAUUCUAGGACCAAAAUAGCUUUCAUACCUAAUUCGCAAUAAUGAUGUAACAUAUGAUUUCUUGUGAUGUAUAUAAACGUUAUUGUUAUCGUUCCAGAAUACUGUUAAG